AUGAAUAUUCACAAAAAUUUUGAUGACGAUAUUCCGUUGUUGGUCAAGCAUUCAUCUGUGUAUCAUUACUUUAUCACAAAUGCUGUCGACAUGUUUCAUACAAUCGGAAAUACAUCUCAUUGUUUAGUUGCAAAUAAACUCCAACACGCUUUCAAUUUUAUGUCCUCGAUUGAGAUGAAUAUAACACAAAAUGAACUAUAA